AUGAACAAGAUGCCUAGGGUUGCAACGGUUGCAACCACGUGGUUUAAAACCACGUGGCUUAAGCUUGUUGUGGCCAUCUUUCUUGUGCAGCUUUCAUCCUCUACAUCCAUUACACCGGCGGGUACGCCGGGUUCGCCGAGCAACGCGCAGUGCCCCGAGGAGAGCUCCUUUUUGCAGAGGAACGACUCGGUGUGGCGCAAGACCGAGGUCAAAAUGCUGGAGGAACAGCAGGACGCUCUCAUUGCUCGAGCCUACGGUACUUCGGGCCAUGCCCGUUCCCGCUUGGUGAGCCUCGAGCAGGAGAUGGACAGUGUGGUGUCUUCCAAAUUUAUCGACGAUCUUGCCGAUAUUGCGGAGCCGUUCAAGGAUCUUGGCCAAAGUCUCCUCGAGGUGGGCGAGACCGUGGGGAGUUUCGCGGGGAAUGCCGUGAAAGUCUUUGGCGACAUCGUCGUGUCAGCAACGAUAGCUACCGUGAACGCUCUCCCCAACGAGAUCAAGGCUGCUGCUGAAGCACUCGGAGAUGUGGCUCAAAGCGCUGUGGACGCUGUGGAAGAUGCCGGGGAGCUGGUGGCCUCUACAGCCGUCAAUUUGGCUGGCGAUGCACUUGCAGCUGCUCAAUACUCGAUACAGCAGGGAGUAAGCUUGGCCACCACAAUCGCGAACGAGCUUGAGAGCGCGGCCGCGGCCUUCGGUGGCGAGAUUGCCAAAAUUGGGUAUCUGGUGGCCGACCUCGCCCAAGAGGCGUGGGAUGUAAUCAAAGACUUCAUCGGCUGCCUCACAGAAUCUUUCACUCUGUGCAAACUGCUGCUGGAUGAUGUGGCCGAUUGUGACGAUGGCGCGAGCGGCGUGAGCUUUACCACAUCCAGUGCCUCAGUGACGUUGACGUUCACUGGUGAGUUCACAAAGGGCUGGGGCCUUGAGGCAUUCGGAGGCGCCUUAUUUGGGAUGGGCGAUGCAACAAGCGGCGGCCGACCCAAGCUGCCAGGCCGUGAUUCCUCGCAGGCGCGCAAGCCGCCAGGCACCACGCUGAGGAACAAGAAAGGGCUGAGGAGCUUCUUGGCCGCGGCCCCGAGUGGGUCGUGCGCGUCGAGCCUGGAGAUGGCUUUCGAAGGGGUGGUCCAGUUCGAGCCGACACUAAGCCUCACCGUCAACACCAAUGGCGAUACCGAGGUGGAAAUUAGCGGCAUUGUCCGCGCUUCUUUCGAUGCCCUUGUUCAAGCGGAGGGAAGCUGCGGUCUAACAGCAGAGCGGCGGUUUCCGGCGAAGCCAAUAAUGAAGGCGUUUUGCACCGUCCCUGUCUGCAUCAUUUUGAUGCUGCAGAUGGUGGCAGAAAUCGAAAUGGGCGGAUCCAUGACUGGCACGUCGGAGGCUAGUGCAGAGGCUGAAAUUGAAAUCUCAGGGACGAUUACUGUGAACCCCAGUGGCAGUGCGGCGGUGAACUUUCAGAACCCGUCCAUCAAGCAUGAGGCAGGCGUGGGCGUGGCGGCCAGCACCAGCGGAUUCAUUCGAGUUGGUAUCGGCCCGGAGUUUGUGGUGUGGCCGAUGCCGGGUGUUCCCGUGGUCAUCACCCCGAUGUUCAACGCCGAGGUCAGGGCCCAGGGCACUUUGGAGCUUUCUUCGAGCGUCUCCCUGGCAGAGAGCGGGGCCAACGUGUCCAGGACCCAUUCAAGGGCCCGUUUGGGGAGAAUCGAUCUCGACCUCUGCGGAGCAGCGGCCCUCAACUUGUUUGCGGACGUUGAUAUUCAAGGCUUUGCGGUUCCGAAGGCCUUCACCGCAGCACUCGGCACUGACUGGAUCAAGGACGCCAUCGAGGAUUCGAUUCUGCAAGGUGCAGAGGCUCUCAUCCAGUUCCUCUUUGCUUCCACUGGUGCCCAGUGCAUCCCUGGGGCCGCAUCUGUUGUCGAUGCCAUCGGAGAUGCGGCUGCAGCUGCUUCCGGAUUCAUCACGGGCCUCAUCCCAAGCUUGAGCUUGGACUUCUCGACGCCUUCCAUGCAGCUCUUGGCCCCGAGGAAGCUGUGGUGCGCGACGGUGUACAGGACGCCGGGAUUCGAUACAGCCCCCUGUGCCGCGGAGCUUGGGUGCAAGUUGGCCGGCAGACCGCCUGAACCGUCAGUGACCAUACUCCCGGCAUCACAGGUCACGGAAUCGGUUGUGAGUUCGGGGAGUUCGGGAGCCUGCUAUUCAAUACCCAUGGGCCGCGCCUUCAUUCAGAUUGGCGAGUGGCGCUUCGCCGCAGUUGACGCCAACCACCUUUCCUUGUCGCACAAGGAUGGACAGACGGCCGCCAUCUGGAGGCAGGAUGGUUAUUUCUUCUCUGGACCGCGGACGGACUGGGGCGGCUGGGACAGAGCGAUCGGCCCGUCCGAGUGGGUAACCUUUGGCUUUCAGUACAUCGAGAUUGGAUUUUUUCGCCUGGCAGCUAUAGACAACUAUCACUUCUCGAUCUCACACAAGAGUGGAAACACGGUGCAGAUCUUUAGGUACGAUGGCGUGACAUUUGAUGGUCCCAGAGCGGACUGGGGGAGCCAGUCACGCCCAGAAUCUGCACCUGUCAACAUUUACGUGGGUGAAGAUUUCCUGCAGCUGGGAUGGUUCCGCCUUGGACAGAAGCUUACAGGCGGCAACAUGAAUUUUGCGAUUGCCCACAAGGACGGAAAGACGCUGGAGAUGUGGAGCGAGCCUGGCCAAAGGUACACAGACGUUGCUGAUCACUACGCCGUAACUUUUUGGUCACGAAGCGCGGCUUCGUGGACAUGCGAGGACAUCGCCCAGAUGGCCCACGGACCGUGUGGAAGUUUUGGCCUUGGCUUUGGUGAUCGCUUCAUCCGGGUGGGCGACUGGCGGAUUGGCGCGCUCGAUUCAGAGCGCUUUGCAAUCGUGCACAAGGACGGACAAACACCCGCGAUUUUUGGGGCCGACGGAGCUAUGGCAUACCAGCAAGGCGUCGCUGGUGCCGGUCUCUGGAGCAGACCUGAAGGCUUCCCCGCAGGGAUCACCAUGGGCCCGGGCUUUCUCCAGUUCGGUAACUUCCGACUGGCCGCGAUGGAUGAUUGGCACAUGUCCGUCUCACACAAGGACGGCCAAACUUCGUACAUUUGGAGAGGCACCGACGGCACAGUGCACCCAGGGCCGCGCACCGACUGGUCGGCUUGGGGCGUUGGCUCACAAACCGCCGUUGCCAUCACGUACGGAGACCGAUUUCUCCAAAUUGGCAAGUUCCGGUUGGGUGUGCGCGCUGAUGAUACCGACUACCUCCUCGUGACUCAUAUAACAGGGGAGGUAACUGUCAAUCUUUACCGGAAAAAUGGACAAACGUGGUCGAAUACGGCGACUGAUCCCAAUCUGGUGAACCUCCGCCAUCCCAAGUGGCACUGUGGACCUGCGGUGCCAGGCCUCUGUUCAGGGAUAACUACAGGUGAGAAUUUCAUACAGUUUGGCAAAUUUCGGCUUGCUGCUAUGGACAAUUUCCACCUCACCGUGUCUCACCAGGACGGGCAGACACAAAUGGUCUGGCGUUACGAUAACGUGGUCGAGACCGGACCCCGGACCGAUUGGAACAGUUGGGGGAGAGAGCCAAAGGAAGUAAGCAGCUCAACACGGUUGGCCUUUGGAGACCGUUUCAUCCAGAUUGGGCAGUUUCGGCUGGGCGCGUGGAACCAAGACGACUACUUCUCCAUCUCGCACUCGAACAACAACAUACCCCACCGUUGGAAACAAGAUGGAAGUGAAGCUCGUGCGGUUCUGUCUGGGUCAACAUCAGGCAGCUUGUGGAACAGUCAACAUCCAGUCGGAGAACCUCUUGGCGUGAGCUUCGGUGAUCGCUUUGUCCAAAUCGGCCCGUUCCGAUUGGGAGACGUGGACGGCACCCAUUUUACGCUCGCUGUGAGCGGCAGAACACUGUUCACCUUCCACGAUCAGGGCACAUCGCAUGCUGGCGGGGACCUCACGACUUUUGGCCGUGAGAUCCAGCCGUGCAGUUUGUAUGGAGCACGGUAG